AUGACAACGUCCUCUCCUCGCAGAAUCCCCCGUAGACGAGAUUCUUCGAGACAAGCUGCCUUCACUUUUCUUACAAAUAUCAGCCUUGGAACUGAAUCUUCCUAUCCACCAAGUAAUUCUCGGGCAACGGCUGCUCCCAGCCACUCUGUUCCCAGCCCUUUUCAGUCAUCAGACAGUUCCUUGAAUACUGAUACCUUUGAAAACCAACCACCACCACCUUCAAUAACUCUCAGGGAUCAUGAUACUGUCAGCGGUAACAGUAAGCCAAGCUUGCAAAUCAAUACAAGGAAAACGUCAAUCCCCUACGAGAGAGUACCUAAAAAAUCGGGAGGAAAUUAUGUUCUUUCCCCAAGUUCAAAAACUGCCAAUAAUAACAACAUAUUUAAAACGAAAACUUCCCCCAUAGACUAUAAUGAAGAAUUUUAUGAUUUUGAUCGUGAAAGAAGCAAUAGUCAUCGCGAGGACUCCGCGACGAGUUUCUUGGCAAACAUCAGUCUUGAUCCUAAAAGAUCAAAACCUUAUCACCCUUCAAGAGAGAACUUGACAAGUCCGAUUAAGGAAAAAAUUGCAAUCCUAGAAGCUAGUGAUAACUUGAUCCCCGAGAUUGAUGAUAACCAAGUAAAUAUAAUAGAUAGUUUAUCACUUGGAGAAAUUAAAAAAUCCAGUCGAAGAAGUUCAGCAUCCACCUCGAAAUCCGAUACGAGCUCAUCAUCUGCCAAUUCUACCACUCCUCAUCCUUCUCCUACAAAUGAAAAAUCUGUUUCUCAUUAUAAAUCUCAACAUCGCCGCCAUUCUCCAAUUUUAAGUCCUAACUCUCUAAAUAAACCCAAUGUUAAUGAUAAUCGUAAACAAAAUAAUGCUAAUAAUUCGUCUUCGUUGGGACUUUUUUCAAUAUGGGGGGGAUAUGAUAAGAAAUUUAAGCAAAAAAAUCGUCAAGAUCAGAUGAAGCAACCUGCGGAUUUGGAGAUCAUAAAGAGACGAAAAGCCGAAUCCUUUGCACAUCUCUUAGUGCCCAGCCAUUCAUUAGGUCCAGAGGAGAGUUUUGGGAAAUAUGAUCCAACCUACCUUGAUGAUCCAAAGAUAAAAAUAGAAAAACCUCCGGUCAACGAAGUUCAAGUCAGCAGGCCGACUAAACAUCGAACCGUACUAAGUUUGUCGGGUCUUAUGGGUUCGUUGAUGCAUCAUCAUAAUAACCGCCCAUCUGAUUUGAAGCGUGAAUCGAAUACAUUGUUUCGUCAAUUACAUCCAGAGGUUGAUUCAACUUUAACGUUAAGUCAAAUUAGAAAAAUUAAGCUGAGACUGUUGAAUGUGGCAAGAAAUGAGGAUUUGGACUUGGAACUUUCGACUAUUGCAAAGGCGUAUGCUUAUUUUGAGAAGUUAAUUUUAAAGAAAUUGGUGAAUAAGACCAAUCGUAGAUUAAUCGGGGCGAUAUGUUUGUUACUUGCAAGUAAAGUAAAUGAACCUAUGGGAAUGUCAUAUUCACCGUUGUUAGAGGCAUUACAUAAAAAUUUAGAUGUGACAAUAAAAGACAUAACGGAUAAAGAAUUUUCUGUUUUUGCGAAUCUGGAUUUUGAGCUUUAUCUAUCUACACAGGAAUUCAUGCCGCAUUUCGAUCGGUUAUUUCAAACGUUAGAUUAUAAUAACAAAGAAGAAUAUUUAGGGAAUAACCCAUUUUAUGAAUUUCAUCUUAUAGGAAAUUCUUUACCGCAAAGUUGA